GGAACUCGUGGACUCAUCUCAAGAUUCUCAAGGACCUCAAAUAGGUCGCUCAAGAGCAAUGUCAAGCUUGUGUCAAUAGCCUAACCUAGUAACCUGACAUUGACAGUUUGUUUAUUUACAAAAAAAUUAUCUUUUGAAACUGAUAAUAUGAUUUCCGAAAAACAUCUCAAAAAAGUUAUUUUGGCAGCAGAUGUAUAUGCAAUAUGUGUUCAACAUGCCCUCACAACCGAAAAACAAGAAAUUAUGGGAUUACUUCUAGGAGAGGUUGAUGAGGUGGAAUGUAUAUCUCACAUAACAGCAUGUGUAAUUCUGCAUCGAAGUGACAAACAGCCUGAUAGAGUAGAAAUAUCUCCAGAACAACUGUGUACAGCUUCUGUGCAUGCAGAACAGUUACAAGCAAAGUUAGACAGGCCAAUGAGAGUAAUUGGAUGGUACCAUUCACAUCCCCAUAUAACAGUAUGGCCAAGCCACGUUGACAUAGGAACACAGGGAAUGUACCAGACAAUGGAGCCUCUCUUUGUUGGUCUCAUUUUCUCAGUUUUCCAGAAUGAUUCUAGAUUGAGAACAAAUCAAAUUCAGGUAACAUGUUUUCAAGCAAGCAGAGGGGUCUCACAACUCGAAAGAAGAGAAGUUGAACUUGUAAUUCAAAGUUCUCCAUUACAAAAUUACAAUUUAGAAGGUAUUGCUGAUCUUCCUAGAAUUCUUAUUCAAGAAGAAGUGGAUUGUCAUGAUGAUAAAGAUAACAACACACAAGAUGAAUUGGCCAGUCUUCACAAUGAUUCUUUUAAAACGCUGGCCAUGGUUCACAUAGUAUCAAAAGUAGUAAGACCACUAUGUGAUGAUUUGGGAGAGAGAAUGACAACUGUGAAUCAGAGAAUAAAAUCUCUGGAAAAAAUGAUAAAACAGUUGCAAGAAAACUCUGAUGAUUAGGUUAUAAUUACUAUAUUAAAAUAAAUUAAACAUUUUACAUUGAUUUGUUAUUUUUGUUCUGUUCAUUCCAUCAUAGCAGUUACAGAAAGAAUUGUUAGUU